CAUAUAAAUGCCAACAGCUGAUCGCGAGACGGCACACUCGCGGGAACAGCUCGAAGCUGCAGAAAGAGAGAGGCGAGGGGAAGAGAGUGAAGAGAGAGGGAUCCAGAGAGAGAAAGAGGGAAAUCUGUUGAUUCAUCGUAGUCAUCUUUUUUAUACAAUUCUUUGACUUAAAGGGAAUUAAAGGACUAUUUUUUCGUAAAAAGGAUUUUUUUUAAAUAAAAGCAUCCUAAGUUAUUCUUAUAUAUUUUUAAACCUCUUGUUUUCUUCGCAUCCCUCCCUCAUCCUCCCCCUCUUCCUCCCCAAUUUCUUCUUCAAAAAGGCCCGAGCUCAGCGGGGUGUCUUCCAUCGCCUUUUAUUUCUUUUAUUUUUGUAUUGUUCAAGAGCCCUCGGUCUUCCGUUUGUCCGCGAACGCAAAACGCACGAGGCACCCCCCUCCUCCUCCCUACGGUGGGAGCUGUCCGGUGCUGAAGUUGCAUUCCCUGCCUUCCAUGCAGGUGGACUGAGGGCCAGGCAGGGACACUCAAGCAGAACAAAAAACUAUUUUAACCGGAUCACUCGGCAGCUCGGUUCCCACCGCAACCUGAAGACAAUCGGCCCCUCUGCUCCGCGUGUUGACGAACGGGAUCGCCACGCUGGCCAGGCCGUCGGCGAUCGGCUUUCCAUCCGCGAGAGAGUGCGCGCGUGUGUGUGUGUCGCUUCGUCCGCGUGUACGUUGUGUUUGUGGGAGCGUGCGUGCUCGCGAGCGUGCCGGCGUCUCUCACCACCAUGCCAAGGUCUUUCCUGGUGAAAAAGGUGAAACUGGAUGAUUUCUCCACCGGGGCGGACCUGGAACACGCCUACCGGCACAGGACGGACCUCAGCCUGCGGCUGCAUGACAAAGCUGCCUACAUCAGUGACUACAUCAGUCCUGUCGCGUAUGAUGGUGAGAGUGAUGGUGGCAUCAAGGUGCCCUCUCCUGAUCCCCUCUAUGACGGCAUCCACAGCGACUACGGUGCCCCCGACUCAGAGUCUCCGGACAGCCCAGGCUCAGAAAUCACGGAUGGCUACAUCAACGGCGACGCCGCAGUGAGCGAGGGAUACACGGUCGAUGCCUUCUUCAUCACCGACGGCCGUUCGAGAAGAAAAGCCCUUGGCAGCCCCCGGACCAUCCAGAGGCACACCUGUAAUGAGUGUGGCAAAACCUAUGCCACGUCUUCCAACCUGAGCCGGCACAAACAGACACACCGCUCGCUUGACAGCAAGCUGGCAAAGAAGUGCCCCACCUGUGGGAAGGUGUACGUGUCUAUGCCCGCUAUGGCCAUGCACCUGCUCACUCAUGACCUCAAGCACAAGUGUGACGUAUGUGGAAAGGCGUUCAGCCGGCCGUGGCUCCUGCAGGGUCACAUGCGCUCCCACACUGGGGAGAAACCCUUUGGGUGUGCCCACUGUGGGAAGGCCUUCGCGGACCGCUCAAACCUGCGCGCCCACAUGCAGACCCACUCGGCCUUCAAGCACUUCAAAUGCAAACGCUGCAACAAGACCUUCGCACUCAAGAGUUAUCUGAACAAGCACUACGAGUCUGCCUGCUUCAAAGGCCCCUUCUCCCCUCUCGGCCCAUUAGACGCAUGACAACCUACGAAGAGAUCAAAUGAGGGACAAAACUGCAGACACAAAUUACCAUUAUCCUUAAAGACUAAACUGCAGACGGUAUAUUUUUGGUCAGAAUGCGACCUUGCCUUCCCUCCUUCAGACCCCCCCGCCCCCAUCUCCCUUCCCUCGGAGCCAGACCACAAUGAUGAAUAUGAUGAAGAUAGCACAAUUUUUCUCCUUGAGAUUUUCCCUCUUAAGGAUUUAACUGAUCGACGCAUGCACUUCCUUGAAAUCUCUUCACCUCCUUUUUUUUUCUCCGUCUGUUGAGGACAGAGACAUCAAUAUUACCGCAGCUUCCACUUGGCAUCUAGACAUAAUAUGACUGCAUAUAUUUUGGAACAUUGAUGAUGAUGAUGAUGUUGAUGAUGAUGAUGUUAAUGAUGACAAAGACAAUAGCAUUCAUAUAGCUACUAGUUUUCUCCAUGCACUGAAAUGCAGUGAAAGUGUUUUUUGCAUUCUGAUUCUGCUUUUUUGGGGGAAUAGUAGUAAUAAGAAUAUUAAUAAUAAUAAUGAGGAUAGUAUUAAUAAUGCUCUGCUGCACCAAGUGACCAUAAUCCCUCCACUAUUGAGGUAAAAAAACUAUUUAUGUAUUUAUUUAUUUAUUUGGGCAAUUUUCCUUUUUAUUAUUUGUCGUAUAUUUCUACUUGAUUUGAUGACAACAGAUGCUAUUUAUUUGCACUUUAAGUUCUGGAAAUGUCUUUUUACCACUACAGGCCAAAGCAUAUGUCACUUUUUUGGGUACACUUUUUUUCUAUUAUGUUGUUUACCUCCUUUUUUUAAAAUCAACAUUACUGCAUGCAAAAAAAGAAACAUAAUGAAACCUAUGCCAACCACAUGAAAAAAAGCUUAUGAAUUUUUGCCAAAAUUCCUAUAGAUAGAACCCGAGGGCAAUAUUUUUCUCUUGGAGCCUCCAUAGGACUCUUUAAAGCAAUAAUCACCUAAUGCAUGAAAUUUUAUGAUGAAGUUAUGAAGUAUUACCUACUACUGUAUAGCAGUUUGAAAAAUCAGGUAUGUUUUACUUCACCUAUAAUCAUAAACUGAACAAUACUAACAUUGCAGACAUCAGGGAUCAUGCCAAUGUAGUGUUAGAGUGACGAAAAGAAAAGUCCCGUCUUUCCUUUCUUGUUAUGCACUGCCUGCCUCUUAGUGAGUAGAACUAAUGUAGGAUGUAGGCUUUGAGAGGCUGGGAUCAGCUGCCUGCUGAGCGUGGGGCCUAUUGUAGGAUAACUGUGUUGUGAUUAUGACGGACUUUGCAAUGUACUCCAUCAUCCAGUCAACUGAUGCACAGCUGCAUUCCAAAAAUGACAAUAUCAUGGAAAAGUUAAUAUAUUUCAGUAAGUCAUUUCAGAAAACGAAACUCAAAUGAACAAAAAAAAAAAAAAACAACAGGGUUACACUUUUUAGGCAUCUAUUUCUGUUAAUUUGCUGAGAUCAUGAAAAAGCCAAAAUGUAUUUUCUCAGAAAAUUUUAAGUUUAUUAGUUUGAAUAAAGUGAAACUAAUGAAGAAGUAUCUAGCUCUGGUUAUAUUAUGACCUUCAGAAACUGGACAGCUGACUUGACAGUUUUUCAGCAGACAGUCUUGACACCUCUACAAAAUGUUUAAGUUGCAAAAGUCUUCGAUAAAGAAAACAGGCUGUUCACAGAGUGCUUGAUCCAGGCAUAAUAAAUGGAAAGUUGAGUGGAGGGAAAACAUUAAUGCAUGUAGCCUCGAAACGAUUGUCAAGCAAAGGCCAUUCAAGAGUGCUAGAAAGAUUCACAGUCUGAACUGUGACUGAAGUCAGUGCUUCCAGAGACACCGCACUCUUUUGCAUCUGCUGUAGGGCUGUCAGUUCUGCAGUCAUCCUUAUGAUUGUGAAGGACAUAACAACAUUUCUGUAUUAAAAUACUUUUUCACUGGUAGUACAUAGUUUUCAUUGGCUGUUAACUAUAAGCAUCAAUAUUGACAAAAAAUAACAAAAUAUACAGGGAGUCUAAUCAAUGCGUUUCUCUUUUUAAUUAAAUGACUGAAAUAAAUUAAUUUUUCCACAAUUUUCUUAUUUAUCGAGAUUGACUUGAAUUUGUGCUGUGAUAUUCAGUAAAAAAAAAAAAAAAACUAAAAGCAAUCUUAUUGGAUUUUGCCAUGAGAUGUGCACAAUCCAAAACCGAGAGACGAUGUGUAACUCUCCGCAUGUCUUCAUUGGAAAAACCAAGGUAACGUUUGGCGCAUUGCUGAAGCUGGACUGAGGUCAGCUCUGACUGCAAUGCAUUAUUCAACCAUCUCCCCCUGAGUGCUUCCUCAACAUAAACCGUGCAUUGCUCAACAACAGAAGCAAGCUGCACUUUGACUGGCCGCUCUGAUUACAGUUCACAGUUUCAUGCUGCAGCUGCAUGGAGCAGAGUCCGGAUUAUUCUACAGCAGCCCCCCCGUUCGCCCCCACUCGGCCACCCCGUAGGCUCACUUUAUGAGUGAUAUACCUACAGACAGGUUAACUCGAAUCAGCUCUGACCCCAUAAAUCAUUUAGGUUGUAAUGUAGGUGGUCAACAGCAGUGAUGCUGAACCCAGAUCUCUGCAGCUCAGAAACCUUUUUUUUUUUUUUUCAGAUUCAUGGAGCUUCCCAUGAGACAGACUGAAGACAGAAAUACAUUCUUGAGUGUAUUUAUGUGAAUCUGUGACACUAUACAGUUUGUACAUAUUGUGGGCUUGCGCAAAAACAUUCAGAAAUGUGUUAAGAAGUGCAUCCAUAUGCAUGCAAGCACACAGUGCCUGAUGAUAAGCCAUUUGGAAUAACAACAUCUUCCUGCAAUUACGUUCAGUUAUGUGGAUCCAUGAGCUUCGAUAAUUACACUGCUUCCAGAAGACUGGUGCUGUUUGAAGAUGUUUUUGACUGGGUAAAUCUUAAUGAUUACAUGGACUAAUAGAAUAAUUUAAGUUUUCUUAACUGGUUAAUAAACUGACAGAGAAGAGACACCUUACAUAAAUUGUACUUUACUUGCAAUGAGGGUCUAAAGGCAAAUGUCUAAAGUUAGUCAGAUUUUUUUUAAAAUGUUUGUUACAAUGAUAGCAAAAAGAGAGAGAGAGAGAGAUUUUCUGAUCUGUCUUUGGCAAAAGGGGGAAACAUUCUCUUAUUAUUUCUUUUAAAAUAUGAACAUAAAUCAGCGAGUUUGGGGUCUUGUUUAGUAAUCUAACUUUUUGAAGCCUAAUUUGUGUACUUUUAGUUUGGAAUUAGGGCAAGUCUUUAAUGUACAACACAGACAACACACAAUUUUGUGCUUUAACAUUGCACGUGAUCAAAAUGCUUUUAUAGCAAAUUCAUACAAAAAGAACAAUAACACAGCCCUAUUUGUUAAACGUAACUCAAAGGUCUAAUCCAUUAGGGAAGUGGUAAUUAUCAGGAGCUCUUAACAGCCAUAGCAACCUCUUCUGCAGCGUCUGAGUACAUGUGAUAAGGCUCCGACAAUGUUUCCUGCUUUCAUGUCUCAAAGAGUUGGUUGAUAGACUUUGCACUCUUCUCUAACUGUCUUCUGGGUGUUUGGCUGAAACUCUCCGGAGGCUUUUCAGUGGUAUUAAACCAGAAGGAAUAUACCGUGAAGUCUGUCUGCUUGAGUCUGUCUCCUGAUGAGCUCCUGGUCUGGCCUCUUUAAGUACUUCCAUUGUAGUCAUCUCCACUUUUGAAGAAAGUAGCACAAUGAAACUAACUAGAAAUCAGGUAGAGAAGAAUUAUAUAUAUUAAAAAAAUUGUACUAGCUUGACCUCUCUUCUUCUUCUUUUGUAUUUCCGAGUUAAAGAAUGAUGAUAGCCUAAAUAAUCAUUUAAUGCAGGAGGGUUUGUAAAGAAUCCUUUGGAUUGAGACGUUUUUACUGCUGUAUAGCGAUAUCUGACAUACCUUAACUCAGGAGGGUUGGAUCUCUAUUCCAGAGUGAGGAUCUCCUGUGAGUUUUUUUUGUGCCAGUAUUCAGACAAUGUAAGCACAAUGAUCACAAAGCAUUUUGUGGCACUUCAUAAUAAAGAAUAAUCUUAACCAACCAA